UAAUUCUUGUUUGGACACGAUAAGGCUAGGAAGUUGCUUGCUGUUUUCUUUAAAAAAGGAAAAGGAUACGAUACUUUGUUUUUUCGAAUAAAACUUAGCCACAUAACAUAUUUUUUUACAUUUUUAUUUUGUUUAUUAUUUAUUAAUUUAUUUAUUUUCAUAUGAAUACUAUUGAUCAGUUAAAAUGGUGAUUGGAUUGCAGCCUCUGGAAUUUUCUGAUUGUAUAACUGACAGUCCUUAUUUUCGUCAAAAGUUACAUGACCAUGAAGAAGAAUUGGAAAAAACCAAUCGCCAAAUUAAACGUUUAAUUAAGGAGCUUAAAGAAUUGCUGAAUGCGGCUAAAAAUUUGUCUCGAGCUCAACGUCUAGUUUCCAGCUCGUUGCAACAAUUCGAUUUCGAAUGCAUCGGCACAACGCAAACGGACGAUGAGUUGGUAAUCACACGGUCACUGGCCGAAUUCGGUCGGCUCAUCUCAUCCAUCGAAGACGAACGAGACAGAAUGUUGGCCAGAGCUUAUGACCAAUUUAUAAUUCCCCUCGAAAACUUCAGGAAAGAACAUAUUGGCGGAGUAAAGGAAGGAAAGAAAAAAUUUGAAAAACAAACUGCUAAGUUUUGUCAAAGCCAAGAACGGCAUUUGAAUCUCUCUACAAAAAAACAAGACUCUGUAUUGCAAGAGGCUGAUGCAACAUUAGAAAUGGAACAGAGGCAUUUUUGUCAAGCCAGUCUAGAAUAUGUUUUUUUGCUCCAAGAAGUACAAGAGCGAAAAAAAUUUGAAUUUGUUGAAACCAUGUUGGGUUUUAUGUUCAGCUGGUUGACAUUUUACCAUCAAGGUCAUGAAGUUAAUGAAGAUUUUAAACCAUACAUGCGUGAACUGCAAUUCAGGAUACAAAAAACUCGAGACAAUUUUAAUGAAACUCGUGACAAAACUGAAUCUCUUAUGAGAAAAAUGCUUGAAAUGAGACAGUCUAAAUUUUUAGAAGCUAAUAUUAAUAAUCAGAAAGUAACUCGAGAAGGAUAUUUAUUUCUCCUGGAAAAAAAGUUACCUGGAUUUAAAAACACGGGACAAGCAACAAAAUGGUUACAGAAUAAAUCAUUAGGAGAUGCUCUAAGUACAACUACUUGGACUAAACAUUAUUGUAUUUAUCUAAGAGAAACAAAAGAAUUUGAAAUGAUUACAUUCAACCAACUAAAUGGGAAGUUUCAUACCUCAGAAAAAAUGAUUAUUUCUUCCUGUAUUCGAAGAAUGUCAGAUUCGAUUGAUAAGAGGUUUUGUUUUGAUCUCACCAGUGAUGACAAGCCUGGUGUAAUAUACACAUUUCAAGCGUUAUCAGAAGAAGAUCGUAAAUUAUGGAUGGACGUCAUGGAUGGCAAAGAACCAGAGUAUGGUUUACCAUCUGUUACUACAUUAAAUAGUGAUAAUAAUAUUUUUUUGGAUGAUGCUGGUUUUAAUUUUGUUAAUAAAUGUAUUCAAGCAGUUGAAUCUCGUGGAUUGGAUGAACAAGGUCUGUACAGAGUUGGUGGAGUUAGUUCUAAAAUUCAAAAACUUUUGACUAUGGGACUGGAUCGCCGAAAAACCACUAACGGACUGAAUUCUCUUAGUUUUCUUGAUGACCCAAUUGAAUGGGAAACUAAGACAAUAACUAGCGCAUUAAAACUAUUUUUAAGGAAUUUGCCUGAACCACUAAUGACAUUUAAAUAUCAUAACACGUUUAUAUCUGCAGCAAAACAAGAAGUAAGGUUAAAACGUAUCAAUGAUGUACAUAUACUUCUGCAUAAGAUACCAAAACCAAAUUUCAACAUGUUAGAAGUUUUGAUUAAACAUUUAUGCAAUGUUGUAACUCAUAGUGAUCAAAAUUUAAUGACUGUGAGUAAUAUAGCCGUAUGUUUUGGUCCGACACUCAUGAGGCCUGAGCGAGAAACUGUUGCAGCUAUAAUGGAUAUUAAAUUUUGCAAUGUAGUAGUGGAAAUACUUAUUGAAAACUUUACAAAAAUAUUUAAAAAUGAACCUGAUUUGGAGAUGGAAUAUGAACCUGUACCAGGGCCUCAACAACCUUCCUUAUCUCAAAAAGUGAAAUAUUCACCUGUAGCUCCAGCAGUCACUCAAGCCAUUAUAAAAUCCUACUAUGAUGGACCAAUGCUCAGUACAAGUUUGCACAAUGUGAGUUCCACAACGCCCACUGUUCCAUCACAUAACGUACCUAUACCAAAUGCUAAUAGAUUAAGCCUCACAUCUUCUACUUCAAGUGCAUUGUCAGAAUCUAAUCUUCACACUCUCUCCUAUAGUAAACCAUUAGUGCACACAAGUCCAAAUAAAAAUUAUUAUUUUUCUGCCGACACUCAAAACACAACUAAUACUAGCUCUAGUAGUUCUAAUGAGUCUGUGUGUUCAGUAUAUUCGUUGGAAAACUCACCAGCACAAUUAUCUAGAGCGCCGCAGAAAUCUAAAAGGAGUAUUAAAAUGGGAGUACAUUAUGCAACGAGUUACAGACAUCAAGACACUGUCACUCAUUUGACGUCACUAGUUGGUCGCACUAGUCCUCCGUCAUUCUUAACAUUAAGAAGAGUUCGUACUUUGUAUGCAUGUCUCGGAGAAAAUGAUGGUGAAUUAUCAUUUGAGCCAAACCAAAUAAUUACAAACGUGCGACCUUCGUGUGAACCCGGUUGGCUUGAAGGAACUCUGAAUGGUAAAACUGGUUUGGUUCCAGAAAAUUAUGUUGAACUUUUACCAUAAAAAAGUAUGAGUAAUAGUAAAAAUGUAAAAAAAAAUCCUACUUAUUAGGACACAAUGACAUUUGUAUAUUUUGUUUUAUUUCUUUGUUAUUACUUUUUGUUAUGUAAUUGGGCCAACAUAUCAUUUGUUAACACGCACAAAACAGCCAAGUUACCAAAGAAUAUCCAAAACAAACUAGCACUAUGACCAGUUUAUCUUUAUAACUUUCUAAUGCAUUUACAUCACUUAAGUUAUAAAUUGUGAUCUCAAUAUCAUAAUAAUUUAUUCGAGUACAAACUAAAAAAUUACAGAAAAUAUAGCAACAAUUUUUUUUUUUAAACUGGCCCAUUAUUUUUAACAUGCUCUUUUGUUCUUGAUAUUUUACUAGUUCUUUUCAUAUAUUUAUUAUAUCUAAUAACUGUCUGAUUAAAAAAAAAAUAUAUAUAUAUAUAAAAUUCAUAUCAUUUGUGUAUAGAUCAUAUAAGCAAUUUAUUAUCUGUGUGAUAUUGUG